GCCGCGGCGCCCGCUCGCGGAGCGGGGCGGCAGCCGGAGGACGCACGCGGGGCGUUUGGGGACCCCGAAAGGGGGCGGAAGAUGGCCAAGAAGAGAAAGCCCCGAGGCCGCCAGGGUGAAAGAAAGUCAUUUGAUCCGAAUUUUACAGGGCCUGUUGUCAAGAGGUGUUGUACAGAUAUUUUAUGCUGUUUAAUCUUCAUACUGUUCAUUUUUGGCUACAUUCUUUUAGGACUUGUGGCCUGGGUACAUGGCGACCCCAGGAGAGUGGCGUAUCCUACAGACAGUGAUGGUCAUUUUUGUGGCCUGAAGGGUACCCCCAAUGAGAACAAGUCUAUUUUGUUUUACUUUAACCUCUUCAGCUGUUCCCAUCCCGCAGUGCUGAUAAACCUGCAGUGCCCUACUACACAGAUCUGUGUCUCCAAAUGCCCCGAUAAGUUUUUUACAUACACAGAAAUACAAUAUAAAUAUCCGAAAGACAAAGAACAUUGGACAUAUUACAAACAGUUCUGCAAAUCUAAUAUGUCUGAACCUUCAAAGACCCUCUCACAAAUAUUAGUGGAUGAUGAUUGCCCAACAGCAAUUUUUCCAAGUAGACCUUUUCUCCAGAGAUGUUUCCCUGAUUUCUCUAGUGAAAAUGGCACUGUAGCAGUAGGAAAUAGGACUAAGUUUCAAGAUGGAAAUGGAACUUCAAGGAAUGCUUUAGAACUGAGGACAGCUUCGAAUCAUGUCAAUAAAAUCCUUGAAGCAAGGGCCAUUGGAGUCAAAGUGUUUGAAGACUAUGCAAUAACUUGGCAUUGGAUUCUCAUUGGCUUUACUAUUGCCAUGAUCCUCAGUUGGUUCUUUGUGAUACUUCUGAGGUUCACAGCUGGAUUACUCUUCUGGGUCUUCAUGUUUGGUUUGAUUGGAGUUUUAGGUUAUGGAAUAUGGCACUGUUACCAUGAAUAUAACUAUCUUCAGGAAAAGCCAAUGCCUCAAUUAACUAUAUAUAGCAUUGGGAUUCAGACUGAUAUAAGCAUGUACUUUCAUCUGAAACAGAUGUGGUUCGUACUUAUGAUAAUACUCUGCAGCUUUGAAGUGUUGAUCAUCGUCAUGCUGAUUUUCCUAAGGGAAAGAAUCCGAAUGUCCAUUGUCCUGCUGAAGGAAGGGAGCAAAGCCAUCGGAUGCAUCCCUACUACAUUAUUUUAUCCAUUUUUAACUUACCUUUUCCUGUCUAUCUGCAUUUGCUACUGGGCUGUGAUAGCAAUGUACUUGGCUACAUCAGGGAUACCUAUAUACAAAGUGGUAUCCCCAGAUGGACUAUGUAAAUAUGAAAAUUCUACCUGUAGCCCAGAGGUGUUUAAUGCAACUGAAAUUGCCAAAGUUUGCCCUGGGGCUCACUGUAAUUUUGCUUUCUAUGGUGGAAAGACCCUGUACCAUCAAUACAUCUCUUCCUUCCAUAUACUCAAUCUGUUUAUCUUUCUCUGGCUUAUAAACUUUAUAAUUGCAUUGGGCCAGUGUACUCUUGCUGGUAGCUUUGCUACUUAUUACUGGACCUUAAAAAAACCUGAUGGCAUCCCCUCAUAUCCAGUAUUUACUUCAUUUGGACGAGCUGUGCGAUAUCACACAGGAUCCCUAGCAUUUGGAUCUUUAAUUCUUGCAUCAAUUCAGUUCUUUAAAGUUACCUUAGAAUACCUGGACACUCAACUUAAAGAUUCUGAGAACAAAGUUGCUAAAUUCCUACAAUGCUGUCUGAAAUGCUGUUUCUGGUGUUUUGAAAAAGUGGUAAAGUUUUUGAACAGAAAUGCCUAUAUUAUGAUUGCAAUAUAUGGCAAAAACUUCUGCAAGUCAGCAAGAGAUGCUUUCAAUCUAUUAAUGAGAAAUGCUGUUAAAGUUGCGGUUAUGGAUCAAAUCACAGACUUUAUACUACUUCUGGGGAAACUUCUAGUUGCUGGGUGUGUAGGGGUUCUCGCCUUCUUACUCUUCACACAAAAACUCUCAGUGAUUAUAGAAGGACCGACAUCUCUAAAUUACUACUGGGUACCUUUACUGACAGUUAUUAUUGGAUCUUACCUAAUUGCACACGGAUUCUUCAGUGUCUAUAUAAUGUGUAUUGAAACAAUUUUCAUCUGCUUCUUGGAAGAUUUAGAAAGAAAUGAUGGUACUGCUGAAAGACCCUAUUACACGAAUCAGAGUCUGAUGAAGAUUUUGAAGGAGGAAAGAGCACAAAAUAAGAAGCAGUAGAAUUGCAAAUUCACCAUCCUGCACCGGUGUUACCUUUCCUCAUCAGCUGAUCUGUGCUACACUCCUUUCAUAAGUGCUCUGUGUUUGAAACACUGUAUUCAUGACCUUGUUGGCUUUUAUUUGCAUGUUUUAUACCAAAGCUUAUAUUGUAUUAUGUGAAGCCAUCAGAAGUCGCAAGGGAAUUGUUAAUAACAUGGAACAUUUUUAUACUAAGAUCUUUUGUUUUGUAGUUCAUUUUUAAGUAGAGUGGGCUUGGAUGUUUUGAAGAUACUAGUGAGUAUGUCAGUAUUCUUUUAAGAAUUACAUGGAAAAAGGAUGUGUUAUUAAAAUUGAUAGCUCCUACUAUAUUUUUAAAAUUACAACUGAAAGACUUCUGCAGGGAACAAUGAUAAACAAAGUGAAAUAGAAAAUUUUUUAAGUUUUCUCACUGCUUGACAAUAAAUCAGUAAAAGGACCCCCCAGAGCAGAUUUUACUUUCUUCAAGUAUAGAAUGUUUCCUAUUAAACAAAUUGCCAAUCAUCCAGCCUUUACUACUUCGUCCUCUCUGACAAAGUGCCUUACUGGCUGUUUAAUGUUACCCAGCUUUUGCGGGCAAGUUUACAAACACAGUUUAAAAACAAAACAAAAAGAAAAAAAAAACCUGCAAUGUUUAGUAAUUAAAACAAGUCUUCUUGCUUUUGUUUUCCUCUCAGCUCACUGGUUUGAAACUUUUUGUCAUUUUAGUACUUUGACAUCCUCACUAGAUAGAAGUAUGCUUUUUAGCAUAAACAAUUUCCCUUGCGCCUAGUGGACAUUUGUGAAUGUGUACUACACGCAAGAAAAAAAAAAGCCUGAAAAGACACUUGUUGGGUUUGUGUUUUUACUAAGUGCAACAAGUUAAAAACCUUUUCUAUAGUAGAUCUUUGAAAAAAUAGAACUACAUUUCUCAGUGUUUUAUACAUUUGGAAAGGAAAGCUUCCAGAAAUCAAAAAGGGAAACUUUAACCCUUAAAAGGUUGCCCAUAGAUGUCAUGUACUCAGUAGGUCUGUUUGAAAUUAUUAUCGUCAAGUAUUCUGUGUUAUAUUAUUUUAUUUUCUAACUUUUGAUAUGAAAUAGUCAUUUUACUUACAACAUGAUUUUCUAUUGUGUCAAUAUAAACAGGAACACAAUUUCUAGUUCAGCUUUAACUAAUUUUACUAGUUCUAUUAACUUUAAAGAAAAUGAAUUCAAUUUGUUACUCUGUAUUACAGAAUGAUCAUAAAGCAUUCACCCCAAGAGAGUAUCAGUUAAUGAUAAUUUGUGAAAGCUUUGGAGUGAUAAGUUACUAUCAAUUAACCUAUUAUCACAUUUGUUUAAAUGUGACUUUAGAUAUCCUUUUAUGCCAAAAACAACCUCUUAUGAGCAGUGACCCAGAACUCUAUCAUCAGUGUGCUUUUCUGCUGUGCAGAAAUCUUAGGAACAUAUUGUCUAAAUAUCUUUGGUAAUGAAACUGUUUAAUAUUUAAUGAAAUUUGUUGUUACUCAUUGUUUUAAAUCGAUAUGGUUUUUUUCUUCUAAUAAAAAUUUCAGUAA